AUGUCCGACGAGGCGAGCCGGGUCGCCGUGGCGAAUGAAUCUGCGCCGAGGGAACUCCCGUCCUCACCACCGACAACAUCUCCAGACGCCAAAGACAGACAACAUAGACAGGACGUGAUGGAGAACUCACGGGAGAUUCGACCGCCGCUACCCCCAAGACCAACGAAUCUGGAUUUACUAGAUGAAAGGGGAUCUGGCGGGUCUGUCAGGUUGCCAAAGCGGAUGGCCUCGCGACCGAACUUGCAAGCACGACCAACCACCGCGGUUUCCCUGACUGAUGUACACACGUCAAAUGAUCCACAAGACCAUGGUUCGCCGACUCUUGCUCAUUCCAGCCGGCCUGUAUCCAGAAAACAGAGUACGGCCACCAUGGACCGGUUUCGAAGUCGCGUGGGCAGUGACGCAGCUGAAACAAGCAGUGUUCGCAGCUUCGCUAACACCCUUGGAACAGGCGCCGAGAUGGAAAGUCUUCUCGGUGACCCGUUUCCUACUAGCCCUGCUUGGAAAUCGCUGAGUGCGCAACUCGAAAAGGAAAACCCAAUGGAUCACGUUUUUGAUGAGGAUGACAUCUUCAGCCUUCGCAUGCAUCAUGAAUUUGACGAGUUGGAGGAGUUUAGAGCCAAUGGCACGAAUGAGGAGUUUUUGAUGAAUUCGUGGACUGCGAAACUCAAGCAUUUCUUCAUUCUUUCGUCGGCGGGAAAGCCCAUCUGGAGUAGGCAUGGAGACGAUCAGGUUAUCGCCAAUCACAUUGGAAUACUACAGACUCUCAUCUCGUUCUAUCAGGACGUGGACGACAAUCUACGAGGCUUCACUGCUGGAAACGCGAGGUUCGUGAUUCUGUCCAAGGGUCAUCUGAAUCUGGCGGCCAUCAGCAGACUCGGCGAGAGUGACUUGCAGCUUAAGACGCAGUUGGAAUCUCUGUAUAUGCAGAUCCUUUCGACACUGACUCUACCGAGCAUGCAACGCAUGUUCUCUAAUCGACCUUCCACAGACUUACGACGACCACUACAAGGCACAGAGGUGUUACUCGGAGCCUUGGCAGAUGGCUUCACAAGAGGUUCCUUACCAACACUUCUAUCUGCACUUGAAUGCCUGAAGAUCAGAAAAGCUCAUCGCCAAGUCAUCAACAACACUCUUCUCAAAGUCAAAUCACCAAAUCUGCUCUACGGUCUCAUGGUAGCAGGUGGACGUCUAGUCAGUGUAGUACGACCACGAAAACACUCUCUCCACCCAGGCGACCUCCAACUCAUCUUCAACAUGCUCUUCGAAGCCGGCAGCGUCAAAGCCGGCGGUGGCGAGAACUGGAUCCCGCUAUGUCUGCCUGGUUUCAACAAUACUGGAUUCUUGUACAUGUAUGUUAGUUUCUUGGACAUUGGUGCAGAUCACGCAAAAGUAUCGGAAGAAAGAUCGCAAGCUUCGACUUCUCCUCGCGAUGACGAUCAAUUGGCUAUCAUCCUCAUCAGCGCGGAUAAAGAGGCCUUUUACGAAUUACGCCAGAUGCGCGACGACUUGAUAGAGGUUCACUACGCGUGCGCAAAGGAUGCAGUCGCACUUGGUUGGGAAACCAAGGAGUAUGAAUUUUACGGUGUCGCCGGGGCGGGAGUGAAGAGGGAGACUGUGGCUAAAGCGGCACAAGAGGUCAUCAAGUGGGUCAGGAAAGAAGAGGAGAGGGUGUUUAUCAUCGGUGGUGCUGUGUUCUAA